AUGCCUCUGCAUUCUCUCCGUAAGCGCAAAAUCGUACGUGGAGACUUUCAUUUCUAUGCCCCGGUGCUUGACUAUCGGUGUGGAAACUUUCUCCUCGUCCCGCAUCCGAGUACUCUUUUCCCCGAAUUUAUUCAAAGGAUCACUUUUGUGAUCCUCCCGCUACUCAAACUCCCGAACGAAUAUAUCUCCCAGCGUAAAUUAAAGCGACACCUCAGUCUCCGGGACUUAUCUAAGACUUCCGUUCAGGUAUCGGGGGAUCGAGAUCCAUCGGCCAGCCCAUCGAAAUCCCCUUCACGUGAAUCCAGGCAUCUUCGGAGAAGUACCAGAAGAAUCGUGUCAACGAAAGAGUCAACGCCGGUGAAUCUUGAACUACCUCUAUCGUUAGCCAUCUCAGUAUGUACACAAGUUUCGACACAUCUGCAACAAGUCCAUCGUUCCCAUUCGCACCCUCGCAUAUCCGAAUCUUUUGAAAUCGAUUUGUCAUCUACUUCCGAGAAUACACCAGUGUUUGAGAACGACGAAGAGGUCGGAUCAAACUUACUUCAGCCGUCCUUUAUCCUCAAGUCUAUCUCCUGCCAAGACCUUGGUGAUCAAUCCGUAAUGACAAACUCUCCCGUCUUCUCCCCGACUCCUCCUCUACCAUGUAGUAAUGCUGCUCCUUCAGUUCCUUCGAUCCCUGCGGACUUGGCAGCGUUGGACUAUGAUAGUUCGCAAGAAGUUGGUCAUGACUCGCCUUUGGAAGUCACUAGCUCGCUUCAGGCGAUCUGCUCGUACCAGAAGGCAGCGAUGUCGAACUAUUUCACAACGGUCGAAGACAUGGCAUGGAUCUCGAAGACGUCGAAGAAGGACGUCUUGCUUUGGCAUCACCGAACGUCGCAGUCGUCCUUCUAG